AUGGUCAAACUCCCUCAGUGCAAUUCUUUAUUGGGAUGCCCCUCAGUCUGUAAGAGGGUUCAUGCAGUGCACUUGCAGCCUGUAUGUGUUGACGUUGUAUGCAGCCGCAGCAGCAGCAUCCUUACUAUUCCAGAUAUCCCUCCCUGCUGUUGUCACCAUUCUUGUCCUGUGCCUCUAUAUUCAUUGCCACACCCCCUCGUAUCUAUCACAUCACAUAUUCGUCUCAUCACUUCAUCAAUCACUGCCGUUAUGUUGUACGUAUUCCUUGUGGAGACUGGUCAGACAUACUGCAUUGAUACCUGCUUCACAACUGAGACUGUUGCUGCACUAAAGUCUCAGGUUUCCCGACUAUGUCAUGUGUCUCCGGAAAAGCAGGUGAUGCUGGUAAGUGGAGGUAUCAGCCUAGACAACAACUGCCGGGUGGCCCAAUAUUGUGCGGGAACAGACACCAACCCAAUCUUUGUGUUCAGCAAAUCCUCCAUUGAAGCCGCCAUUCCUCCACCCCCUUGUAUCAACUAUGGAACAGAUAAAGAUUUGUCUGAUUCCAUCAGUGAAGUUGUUCUCUUACCAGCCACUCAUGAAACCGUGUCAGAUGCUUACAAAUUGGCCAAAGAGACGCAUGAAUGCGACUCAAGUCGCAUGGAUGCCAGUCAGCGUCUUAUUCAUGACCAGCAUCUCCAACAACAGGGAUGGGCAGCAGCCAUUGCUAAUUUGGAUGACCACUUGAUGUCUUUCAACAGAAGAGUAGAGAAAUUCCAAAACACUUGUAAAAUAUUUCUGAAGACCCAAGAGGAAUCUCGGGAAAUGCUGUCCAAAGUCCCUGAAAUCCUAAAUCUUUUAGGCCGUAUUCCACUGUUAAAGAGUCUUCAGACGUUAGUGACAAGUCCUGUAGUUGAGAGCAACCCGGUAGAUCCAACCCUUCUUGAGGGUGAAGAAAGAACCAAGGAAGCUUCACUAUUGGACUGGAUCUAUCAACAGGACCCACGCAGUAGCUUGGAAGAUAUGGUGGAUCAGUGUAAACUUAUUUCUGAACAGAUUAGUGAAAAAAGCAUAGAAAAGCUCAAGACUGAAAUCAAUGAUUUGUUGAAAUUUGUUGACCGUCCGGAUAUGAAAGAAGUUAAGGGUCUGGAACACCGUCUCUAUCAGCUUGACCAACUCAUCACCAAUACGCGUGCAAUCAUGGAUAAACAGACCAAAUUUUUUCAAAAAUUUACAAGUCAGUUGGAGACAACUACACGCAUGGACUGUGAAUCUUUAUCUGAAUAUUGGAAGAACCACAAGAAAGAUCUCAUGGAACUCUCAGAUGGUCAUACACAGAUUAAAAUUUUCAAAAACCGCUGCUGUAAAGCGAAAGAGGAGCUGAGUAAUAAUUUGCACGUAAGAUUGAAGUGGGUGAUGUGGGUGGAACAGUUGAUCAUGGAGAAGGAGCGAAACAUUAAGAUCGAGUCUGAAAAGAUCAAAAGACAGCGCAAACAUCUGAAGAUUUUACAACAAGUGCACGAUGCAGCCAAAAUGUACAUUGAUGCCCUGGUAGAGAUUAUAAGGCGCAAACAUUAUUCUAUACCUUUCCUCACGUGGGCCAAGACUGUAGCUAUUGAAUCCAAUUCUCUUUACUCGGAAGAAAUUCGAGAUAGACAAGCAUUUUAUACCAAGUUUGGUAAACAUUUCAUUCAGUCCCUGUUUCAUGGCCUCCAUGAUGAGCCAUCAAAGUUUGCAACCAAUUCGCCAAGGUCAUUUGAUCAUAAUAUUCCAGAAGUAACAAUAGAAGAUAUUGAAAAAUUGAAGAAAGCUGUUCCUGAAUUGGCCAGUUCUUUAAUAAUGCCUCCAAAGAAGAAAAUCUACACGCGUCUGUGUACCAAUGUCAGUGAGAAAGUUUUUCAAGAGCUCCGCACCAAACAUCCAGAAAUGGUGGAAGAAAGACUGUCCUUGAAGCUGCACUCUCCAAUAAUCCCUAAAGACUCUGAUACCAAAACCAAACAGUUAACUGCUCCACUUGGUGAAUUCACAACUGGGGUGGACACUUUGCCAUACGUGUGUUCGAUGAUCCGUGUUGACUCCAAACAGGAUCAGCGGGCUAGGAGAAGUAGUAACCAUCAGCAAAUCUCAUUAACUGUUGAUAGUUACACUCAGACUACAACAGAAGGCAUUGGUGAGCCCUCUCUUGAGGAGAAGGACUCUACGCUGACAAAAUCAGAGUCUCCUCCAAAGCUCGUAGGACAAGUUCUGCAUGGGCCAAUUGAUGUGUGUAAAUUGUCGUCCGAAAUAGAUGCUGCUAAUCGAAGCGUCGAACAGAGCAGUGAAAGCUUGUCGAGUCGGAAGCAACUAGCCAAGGGUCAUCUAGCCUCAGAUACUUCUCCUGAAGUCGAGACGUCUCAGGAAUUUACAACAGCUGAUUUUUAUUUUGAUGAAUCUAUGCCCUCGUCAAUAGAGGCUACGUCACACAAAGGCAUCCCAAAAGAGGAACUGCAUAAGUUGCUUCAGGAGAAAUGUGAACUGUCGGAGAAACUCUCUCGUGAAUUGCAGGCUUGUCGUACCAGGUCUUUGCUGACAGCAGACAAACUGAAAACCUUAAAAGAUGUUACGGAGCGUAGUGUGCCCGAGUUCCGGGAGCAACUCUGUAAUUUACAUGAGCUAGUACGGCAAAACCAGACUGACUUUGUGACUCAUGCCGAUUUGGUGCAGGAGAAUCUUUUGGAAGCCAUUCGCAUGUUCAAUGCUAACAAAGAAAAAGAACGCACAGAGAACUUUUUGUCUUUCCAGAAAGAGCAUGAGCUAGCCAUGCAGGCACUGACUGAUAAAGUGAGUCAGGCUGACCGGCGGAUUGAGAGUUUGGUUCAAGAGAAGGCAAACCUGGAAGAUGUGUAUAAGCAAAGCCGUGAAGAAUGUGAGAAAUUGAUUCAGAAAGUAGCUGAAUUAAAUGUGGAGAACGAGAAAUGCAAAGAGCUGAAUCAGAAAUAUCUGCUGGAGAGAGAAGUUGAAUUAGAUAAACAGAGAGCCGAGUUUCAGGAACUUUUGGACCAAAAGGAGAUGCAGCUUUCUGAGAAAUGUGGGCGCAUGUCCUGCUUGCAGAGCCAGGUGGAGAGCCUGACUCAGGAAAUUGCCUGCAUGUCCGAGUCAUAUACGCAGAAAUAUGAACGAGAGAAGACUGAGCUAAUUGAAAAUCUCAAAAUGGCAUUUGUCACGGAGAAGAACUCUGUCAUCUUGGAGACAAAGCAGCAGCUUACAGAUGAGCACAAUGCAUCCAUGGACUCGUUGAAAGCAGAUUUUAUCCACUUGCAAGCAAAGUAUGACAAUGUGUGGCAAGAGUGCAAUGAAACCAAAGAAUGUGCAUUGAAUGAUUUGCGUCUAGAAUUGGCCGUCGCCCAAGAUGCAAAGCUUUGUCAGCUUAACCAGCAGCUUGAUGAUUCUACUGCUCGACUGAAGAAGUAUGAGGCAGAGUUAGAACAGACUAAAGCUGAACUAUAUGCAUGUAGACAGCUUGAGGCUCGUUUGGAAGCAUGCCGGGAUGGCGAGUCUCAAACUGAUGAUUCUGUGAUUAGCCUGGCUGUACAUGAGCAAAUUCUCAGGGAUAUUAAGAAAGACUGCAAGAAUGAAAUUGAGGCUGAGAAAAGGGAAAUCAAUCAAGCAUUGAAGGAGAUGCAUGAAAAGGAAGUGCAACAAUUGAAACAACAAAUGCAAGCAGAAGAAGAGGAAAAGCUGAACAGUCAGAGAACAUUAUUAACAGCUGAAAAACAGCUUGUGUUUAAUCAAGCGUUGUCCAAACUGGCUGAAGAAAAAGAUCAGAUAAUUUUUGAGCUUGAAAAGAAACUGAAUGAAUUGACACGUCAAAAUCAGAAAGUUGAAGAUCUCAGCCAAACUGAAGAAGAAUUAAAGAAAAAUCAAAUGCAUGUAGUGCAACUGGAACAAAAGAUACAACAAAUGGAGUCUUAUCAACAACAGUUGCAAGAUGAAUUGGUAACUGCCAGUCAAGAUGUAGAACCUGAAAGUUUGGAUAUUACAGCCAGGUCUGAGGAAGAAGAUAAAUUGAUGGAAAUGGAAAAAACCAUGAAGUUUAAAGAUGAGAGAAUUGAGAAGUUGCAACAUAAAGUGAUGGAAUUGUCUAUGAGUGCCAGUGUACUGGAACAAGACAAAGUCUCCAUCACAAGUUUUCAAUCUGGAGAUUUGGUUUUGCUAUGCCUGGAUGAAGAGCAUGGUCAUUAUGUAGUGUUCACUGUUGGAAACACUUUACAUUUCCUACACACUGACUGUUUAGACAACCUGGGAUUACGGCCAGGUCCCAGCACACCAAGAGAACCAUGGGUUUUGGGUGUGAUUACUGAUAAAGAAUAUUGCAUUGCAAAGAAGCCUCAAAAUAGAUACCGUGUACCCCAAGGCACCAAAUUUUACCGGGUACGAGCUAAACCAUGGCCAAAAGAUCCCCGCCUGACACGUGAGGGGGGUAGCAUUGGUGUUUCUGCUUCUUAUCAUGGUGCUGCAGUUAUUGUUACAACAACCACUGCUGCAGCAACAACAACUACAACCACCACCACAUCUAUCAAAAGCAGCAGCAGCAGCAACACCUCUUCCUGA